CGUCGCCGCCUCCCUGCGCGGUGCGCGGCCACGUGGAGGGCGGCGCGGUUGCGGGUGGGCUCAGGUGGGGCCGCGCAGGGGUGCAUCGUACCACACCGCACCGCACCAUGAGCGUGGGCUUCAUCGGGGCCGGGCAGCUUGCCUUUGCCCUGGCCAGGGGCUUCACGGCGGCAGGGGUUCUGGCCGCGCACAAGAUCACGGCGAGUUCCCCGGACACCGACCUGCCCACCGUGAGCGGGCUGCGGAAAAUGGGCGUGAACUUCACGGUUAGCAACAAGGACACGGUGAAGAGCAGCGAUGUCCUCUUCCUGGCCGUGAAGCCCCCCAUCAUUCCGUUCAUCCUGGAAGAGGUGGGCCCUGAUAUCGAGGCCCGCCACAUCGUGGUCUCCUGCGCGGCCGGUGUCACCAUCAGCUCCAUCGAGAAGAAACUCUCUACCUUCUGCCCCACACCAAAAGUGAUCAGGUGCAUGACGAACACCCCUGUGAUUGUCCGGGAAGGUGCUACAGUCUAUGCCACUGGGACUCAUGCAGAUGUGGAGGACGGGAAGCUCUUGGAACAACUGAUGGCCAGCGUAGGCUUCUGCACCGAGGUGGAAGAGGACCUGAUAGAUGCUGUAACGGGGCUCAGUGGCAGUGGCCCUGCGUAUGCGUUCACUGCUCUGGAUGCGCUGGCAGAUGGGGGAGUGAAAAUGGGGCUUCCCCGCAGGCUGGCUGUUCGACUUGGAGCACAGGCUUUGCUGGGUGCUGCCAAAAUGCUCUUAGAAUCUGAGCAGCAUCCUGGUCAGCUGAAGGACAACGUCUGCUCGCCUGGGGGAGCCACCAUCCAUGCCUUGCACUUCCUGGAGAGCGGUGGCUUUCGCUCCCUCCUAAUCAAUGCUGUGGAGGCUUCCUGCAUCCGGACAAGGGAGCUGCAGCAUCUGGCAGACCAAGAGAAGAUCUCCCCAGCUGCCAUAAAGAAGACUUUGCUGGAUAAAGUAAAGCUGGAGUCUCCUUCUCUGUCCGUGGCAUCUGCCAGCAAAGUCAGCCUGUUCUCCAAUAAGAGCCCCAGCAGCAAGAAGAACUGACCAGACUGCUGUGGUCUGGCUGUGCUGAACAUCAGUCUCCUCCAUGCCCCUUCUUUUUUGUCCAAGGGAAAACGGUCACUCUGAAUGUUGGUGUCCCCCAUACCAGGCUCUUGGCUUGCAGCAGCUGUGAGGCAGUGCAGCGCUUAGAAGAGGUUCUUUUAACCUGUCAUGGGGUUGGUGCAAACUGUCCCUAGCAUUGCUGUUCCCUGUUGGGCAGGGGUGAUACCAUCAUCCGACCUUCAGGGGCAUCAGAGAUCAAGGGCAUCAUUUGUUCAGAAGCCUUGGAUGCUUCUAGGACUCAGCAAUUGUGGUGUCCCAUGCAGAAAUGGUUUCUAAUAGGAUUUUUAAAGAGGUUUCAGAAUGCCUUUUGGUCUCCAAGGUUUGAACCAGGCCUGGAUCCCUCUUGCCCCAUGUUGCAUCUGCUCUCAGAGCUUGUGUCUUGUCACUGUCUUUAUUAGCUAAAGCAGAUGUUGCCACACACUAUAUUACAGGCUGGGCCCUAAAGCACCUCUCAGAAGGGACCAGAGUACCUCUGCCCCAUCUCCUGUCUGCCUUGACUUUAGGAGACAUACUGUGAACCUCUGCACCACACUGUUUCUGUCUGUGCCAGCUGCCCCUUCUCUGCUCUGUUUUGGGGAAUCAUGAACUGCUCUCACCAUCCCUCCUUUGCCUGGCUUGGGGGCUUGUGCAGGUGGAGGAGUAGUGAGUGAUCCCUAUUUGCUCUGACACCUCUUCAUAGUCUCCAUGGGCAGAAUCUGCUCCCACAUGCCCAUAGAUAGCUUUCAGCGUCCCUGUGCUCCUUGAUGCUCUCCUUGCUCUUUGCACUGCUCCUUCAGCAGAGCUGAACUCAAGGACAACCUCCUCUGGAGCAAGCUGCCUUCUGUACUGUUCCCUUAGGCUCAGGCAGGGUUUUGUACCCAGGUGCUGGGCUACUGUGUGGCAGCAGGACUCUUCCUCAGCACCUCUCCUUGCAUCAGGCUGUACCUCCUCGGACUGCAGUGUUGAUACCUGUUGGCAGUGGCUGCUCUGCUUCAACUUGUGCAAUCCAGCUGUGUUGUGGUGGACUGGUUGUCCCCUCCAGACAGCAUUUGUCCCAGCAGAGCCCCAUGGCUGGUGAAAUCCAGCACAGCAGAACUCAGUGUCACCUUACGUUGGCACAGCUAUGCCUCUCUGGUAUUUUCUAGACCAUUUAUUUUUUCUUCCUGUUUCUUUGAAGGUGUUGCACUGCACUUUCCUUUCAUUGAAGGGGAAAACACCUUGAAAAAAGUUCUGGGCUGCUUCACACAGUUGCAUUCCUAGUUCUUAGGAAUACAAGACUAAAGGGGAACACUGAGUCAUCUGGUCUGACUUGUGGCUCCGAUCUUGUCCCAUCUCACCUAGCUUGUCCUGUGUGAGACCCAGGAGGACAGUCAGUCCCUGUUUGACACAACAGAGGUUCAGGGAGGACUUGAGAAUGCCUGAUGCCUGUCCAACAACAAGGACAUCCAGAUGACUAUGCUUUUGCAGAGGAGGAAGACCUUUGCUGUUCUGCUCUGGAGAAUUUCCUGUCUGACUCAAAUUUAGGAGCAAGAAACAGCAGCAAAGUAUGGGCUCCAGGAGCAGCGGUACCUUCUGCCACUCACCUCCAGUGUUUGUGAGGGAAGGAGUCUGGCCAGGGCUGUGGUAGCAGCAAGCACAGAGGGUGACCCUGCUCGACCCUUCCUGCUGGCUGGCACAGCCUCGAUCACCAGGCCAGGCAUGAGCAGGUGCUGUGCUGUGUCGAGGGCAAUGCAGCACCUCUCUUCCCCUGGCCUGUUGGGGAAAUGGAUGAAUGAGGGUUGUAGACUUAAAGGGCAGAAGGGACCAAUGCUCUGGUCAGACAGAAGGUGGAUUACAUCUGCCAUCUAGGACAGUUAACUUGUCCAGGCACAGUCUUGGGAGCCAGCCCCAGAACAGCAGCAAAGAGAACACUGUAUCCACUGCUUUCUGUGAUUCCUUUAUAGCCAAUGUCCCUGUGUUGCUUCCUUGCCUCUGUACUUUUUUUCCCAGAGCUCAAGUCCUGUCCCAAGCCAGAAAACUGCACAAAGCAUGCAAGCUGCCCCUACCACUUUGGGGCUGCAGUGGGAGCAACAGGCUGGAGGGGAUGGUGUGGAUUUGGGCAGAUAACUGUCAUGCUGUAUUCUUCCUUGGGGUAUACUGGGGGAGUGCUUGUAAAAGGAGAACAUUUAAGAUGGGUUUAUUGUCUCCUGAGGAAUCCUGGACAUGCAGGUGAUGCAGGAAAAGCAUUUUGGUAUUGAUGCAGAGGCUACCAAAGGUGCUAGUAGUGUUAAAGGAUUUUUAAUGUUAGGCUUUCAGCUGGUAGCAGGGUAUGACCCUAUAGGCAUGAGACAGUUACUCCUCUUCCCUCUUUACGUAAUAAACUGCUUCUCUGACAGAGAGCUGUGGCUGA